CCGGAAAUACCCGUGGACCGAGUGUGGAAGAUGUGGGCGCUGCGGGCGCCUCCGUUGCUCAGGUUUCCCCAGCGGGCCUGGUGUGGGGCACGCUGGGCGGCGUCCGCGGGGCCGAAUCGGGGCCAAAAGGCGAGCCCGGAUUCGAGAUACCGUGACACGGUUUUGUUGCCCCGAAGCGAUUUCCCCGUCCAGUUGCCGGGCCGGUUGCAACCCGAAACUGAAUUGGAGAUACAGCAGAAAUGUGGCUUUUCAGAACUGUAUUCAUGGCAAAGACAAAGGAAAACAAAGCAAGAAUUUUGCCUUCAUGAUGGACCACCAUAUGCCAAUGGCGACCCACACGUUGGUCAUGCUUUGAAUAAAAUUUUGAAAGACAUCACAAAUCGAUUUCAUGUAAUGAAAGGUUACAUAGUGCACUAUGUUCCUGGCUGGGAUUGCCAUGGAUUACCCAUUGAAUUGAGAGCAUUAUCAGAAAGCGAAGAAACUAAAAAUCUUUCACCGAUGGAAAUAAGACAGAAAGCCAAAGAAUUUGCAGAAAAGGUGAUUGAAAAACAGAAAUCAGCCUUUAUCCGUUGGGGCAUAAUGGCAGAUUGGGAUAACUGCUACCACACCUUUGACAGGAAGUAUGAAGCAAAACAACUGAGUAUCUUUCACCAAAUGCACGAUAAGGGCUAUAUUUUUCAGGACUAUAAGCCAGUGUUCUGGUCUCCUUCAACAAAUACAGCCUUGGCUGAAGCUGAACUUGAAUACAAUCAGCAGCACGUUAGUCGCUCGGCGUAUAUCAGAUUCCCCUUGUUGAAACCACCGCCCAAACUGGCUUCUGUGACAAGUGGAUUACCUGCUGUGAGUUUAAUUAUCUGGACAACACAACCGUGGACUAUUCCAUCUAAUCAAGCUGUCUGCUAUAUGCCAAAUUCCGAGUACGCCAUUGUGAAGUGUGCAAAUACUGGGGAUCACUUCAUAGUAGCUGCGGACAGAGUUCAGUCUAUAGCUGCUGCUUUGGAUACACAGUUUGAUGUGAUUUCAACUCUUAAAGGUAUAGAUUUGGAAAAUGGUGUCUGCUCACAUCCUACAAUUCCUGGAAAGGAAUCUCCUCUUUUGCCCGCAAACCAUGUGUCCAUGUCAAAAGGAACAGGAUUAGUUCAUACAGCCCCAGCUCAUGGUAUGGAAGAUUACAGUGUAGCUUCUCAUCACCAACUAUCCAUGGACUGUCUGGUGGAUGAAGAGGGACGUUUCACCGAAGCUGCUGGUUCUGAGCUUCAAAAGAAAGCUGUUCUUGAAGAAGGCAAUGAAGCUGUCAUUCAGAUGCUUGAAGCAGCAAAGAGCUUAUUAAAAGAAGAGAAAUGCAUACACAGCUACCCCUAUGACUGGAGAACGAAAAAACCAGUGAUUAUUCGUGCCAGCAAGCAAUGGUUCAUUAAUACAGCAAAUCUCAAGGCUGCUGCUCAGGACGCAUUAAAGAAAGUAAAAUGUGUUCCAGCCUCAGGGAUGAACAGAAUGCUAGAAAUGCUGGACAGAAGAACAUAUUGGUGUAUAUCGAGACAAAGGUGUUGGGGUGUUCCCAUCCCAGUUUUUUACCAUAAGACAACAGGAGAAUCAGUAAUAAAUAGAAAAAGCAUUGAGCAUAUUAUUAAGGUAGUGGAGCAGCAUGGCAGUGACGCCUGGUGGACCCUUCCUAUAGAGCAGCUUCUUCCCAGCGAAGCUUUGACUCAGGCUGGUAACCACGAUGUCCAGGAUUACAUACAAGGGCAGGAUGUCUUGGAUAUCUGGUUUGAUAGUGGAACAUCCUGGGCUCAUGUUUUGGAAGAUACAGGUGAACGGGCUGAUUUAUACUUGGAAGGAAAAGACCAGCUAGGAGGCUGGUUUCAGUCUUCUCUCUUGACUAGCGUAGCGACACGAAAAAAGGCACCGUAUCGGGCUCUCAUGGUUCAUGGAUUCACCCUUGGUGAAAAAGGAGAGAAGAUGUCUAAAUCGAUUGGCAACGUGGUGGACCCGGACGUAGUCAUCAAUGGAGGCAACGACCAUAGCACAGAACCCCCCUAUGGUGCCGAUAUCCUACGCUGGUGGGUGGCAGAGUCAAAUGUCUUCACCGAAGUGCUGAUUGGGCCUGCUGUGCUUAACUCUGCACGAGAUGACAUCAACAAGCUUCGGAACACUCUCCGGUUUUUGUUGGGCAAUCUGGCUGGCUUCAAUCCAGAAACGGACUCAAUCCCCACAUCAGAGAUGUAUGUAAUAGACCAGUAUAUGCUCCACCUGCUGCAGGGCUAUGCGAACAAGGUUACACAGGCAUACAAAGAAUACGACUAUGGCAGAGUCAUCCGGUUGCUGGAAGCCUUCCAUAAGAGAGAGCUGUCAAGUUUUUACUUUAGUAUAAUCAAGGACAGAGUCUAUUGUGAAGAAGAAAAGGAUCCUAAACGCCGUUCGUGUCAAACAGCCUUAGCAGCGGUUUUGGACACUGUGGUCCGUUCAUUUGCACCAAUCCUACCACAUCUGGCUGAAGAGGUGUUCCAGUACCUCCCCUACAGGAAAGAGUCAGACAGUGUGUUUCGCUCUGGGUGGAUGAAUACAAGCCCUAUAUGGAAGAAACCAGGCCUCGAGGAAGCAGUGGAGGGAGCUUGUGCAAUGAGAGAUGCUUUCCUUCGCUCCAUCACAGGCAAAAAUGCGUUACAACAUCAGGUGGUCCUCGCUAUUGAGCCUGGACUGCUCUUCGAAUUAAUGGAGGUGCUGCAACACGAGGAGUGUUCUAGUACAUCCCAGCUAAAUGAAAUAAUGAUGGCAUCGCAGACAACACUGCUAUCUGAAAUACCUAGAGAUAUGAUCACUGAUGACAUAAUUAAGGGGACAUUUUUGAUAAACUUAGAAGGUGGUGAUAUCCGAGAAGAGUCAUCCUAUAAAGUCCUCGUUUUACCAGCUGCCAAAUCAAAAUGCCUCCGCUGUCGGAAGUACACUGCUGAUUCAGCAGAGACACCAUGUCCACGUUGCAUGGAAAUACUUGGUGGGAAAUGAUGCACUUUCAAGUAACAAUCAAGUCUCGAUGUGUGCUCUGAAGCAACUAUAGGGUUCUUGGAAAACCUGAAGGAAUGUAGAAAUGUAUAUGCACUAUUUCUAUGGGGGCAAGUGUUGCAAAAAUAAUUGAAAAUUAGAGUGUAUAUACUUAAGCUUGUACACUUAAUAAAAUGCUUCUCAGAGCUGC